AUGUCAUCCGUGGCUCACUGUCCGCCACCACUGCCUCCGCCAUCACUGGGAUCACCUCUUGAGCGCCAGUCAGCGACCAACCGGUGCUCGACCGACAGCACCGACAUGACGGGUGCGGUGGGCGCCGCCCUAAUGGCCCGCAAAGAGAUAAUCGGUCUGUCGAUGAACGAAGAGCACAGCCUAUUCGCGGCGGCCAUGGAGUCGGGCGUCAAGAUCUUCAACGUGGAGCCGCUGAUGGUUAAGGCGACGCUCGACGACCCCAAAGACAUCGGAUCGAUCGCCAUCUGCCAGCUGUUGCACCGGACAAACCUCAUGGCUCUGGUGGCCGGCGGUUCCAAUCAGAGGUAUUCCGAGCGAUCGGUUCUCAUAUGGGAUGACGCGCUCAAGAAGUUUGUGUUGGAACUGACCUUUUCAUCGACGGUUCUGGCGGUCAAGACUCGGAGGGAUCGCAUUAUUGUGGUCGAGAGGUCGCGGAUCCACUGCUUCUCAUUCCCACAGCAGUGCCAGAAGUUGUUCACAAUUGACACGCGAGACAACCCGUUAGGUCUGUGCGAAGUGACGCCGUAUACCAGUUCCGAGCGGCAGCUGUUGGCCUUCCCGGGCCAGCGCAAGGGCUCCGUCCACCUCCUGGACCUGACCCACACUGAGCCGGGCAUGUCGUCGGCCCCCAUCAACAUCGCCGCACAUCAGGCGGACAUCGCGUGUCUGGCCAUCAAUAAGUCGGGAACACUGGUGGCCACGGCCUCUGUCAAGGGGACACUCAUCCGGGUGUUCGACACGAGUAAACGGCAGCGAGUGGUGGAACUCCGUCGCGGGGCCGACGCGGCCACCCUCUACUGCAUCGCCUUCUCGCACGACUCGGACUUCCUGGUGGUGUCCAGCGAUAAGGGAACGGUACACAUAUUCGCGCUGAAGGACACGCACCUCAACCGGCGCUCCCACUUCUCGUCCAUCGGGUUCGCGCACCAGUACGUGGACAGCCAGUGGGCGUUGGCUAAGUUCACAAUCGCGGCCGAGUGCGCCUGUAUCUGCGCCUUCGGACCCGGACAGGCCGUGUACGCCAUUUGCGUCGACGGAACCUUUCAUAAGUAUCACUUCACUCCCGAUGGCGGCUGUCUGCGCGACUCGUUCGACGUCUACCUGGAUGUGCCCGAAGACGACGACCUCUGA